ACGAGCCCACAGCAGUCUGAGCAGCUGUCGCGCGCUCUCUGUCUCUGUGUUUAAUCAGUAAAAUGUGGAGUUUUCUCGCUGUUUUCACUCCUUUACUGGGAACUAAAGGAACACUGUGAGUCUGUUUGGAGUUCCUGUCUCUUCAGUAUGUUUCAGCCUGUUGUCUGACCGCAGCUGGAGCACGAGCGCUGUUCGCGGUGCUGAAAGGGUUUCCCGCCUCUGGAGAGAGAUGAGGAUGGACACGCGCUCUGUGGCGGGCUUUUUACCCGCCUGGAAACUACUUCUGUUACUCAGUGUGAGCCAGUGUAAAGAGAUGGACAGUGCUGCGAGGGCACGGCAGGUCCCGAUGUCUCCGUCGGACUUUCUGGACAAGCUGAUGGGGAGGACGUCAGGAUACGACGCCAGGAUACGACCCAACUUUAAAGGUCCUCCCGUCAACGUGUCCUGCAACAUCUUCAUCAACAGCUUCGGCUCCAUCGCAGAAACCACCAUGGAUUACCGUGUGAACAUCUUCCUCCGUCAGCAGUGGAACGACCCCCGGCUCGCUUACUCCGAAUACCCGGAUGACUCUCUCGACCUGGACCCCUCUAUGUUGGACUCCAUUUGGAAACCAGAUCUGUUCUUCGCCAACGAGAAGGGGGCCCACUUUCACGAAGUCACCACGGACAACAAGCUGCUCCGGAUAUUCAAGAACGGCAAUGUGUUGUACUCCAUUAGGCUAACGUUAACGCUGUCGUGUCCCAUGGAUCUGAAGAACUUCCCCAUGGAUGUGCAGACCUGUAUCAUGCAGCUGGAGAGCUUCGGUUACACCAUGAACGACCUGAUCUUUGAGUGGCAGGAGAACGGACCGGUCCAAGUGGCUGAAGGCCUCACGCUCCCUCAGUUCCUCCUCAAAGAUGAAUCAGACCUCAGAUACUGCACCAAGCACUACAACACAGGUAAAUUCACCUGCAUCGAGGUGCGGUUCCACCUGGAGCGACAGAUGGGUUACUACCUGAUCCAGAUGUACAUCCCCUCUCUGCUCAUCGUCAUCCUGUCCUGGGUCUCCUUCUGGAUCAACAUGGAUGCUGCUCCAGCCCGAGUGGCUCUGGGCAUCACCACUGUCCUCACCAUGACCACGCAGAGCUCAGGAUCCAGGACGUCACUGCCUAAGGUCUCGUACGUGAAGGCCAUAGACAUUUGGAUGGCUGUGUGUCUUCUCUUUGUCUUCUCCGCGCUGUUGGAGUACGCUGCCGUCAACUUUGUGUCGAGGCAACACAAAGAGCUGCUGCGAUUCAGACGGCAUCACAAGAGCAAGAGCAAGAACAGUGGAGGUGCAGUCGAUCCCGAGGAGCUAGCUGACUCCCUCCGUCGUGUUAACAUUGACAUCGGCCUCAAACCAUCACACCCUCUGUAUGGAUCUAUGAGCAACAUCUACACCGACAACCACAGGGAAGGGGAAGUUCAAGAGAGCAGACCGACCUCCACGGCUGCCGUGACCUCCACUCCCAGCAACAGCAAGGAGUCGAAGGCCAGCACCAACAACACGGUGGCCGUGGUGAACACGCCCGGAGCCACGGCGAACACUACCCAGAAUCCACCGGGGCCGACGACAGGUGGAGGGGGUAAAAGCACGGAGGAGAUGAGGAAGUUAUUCAUCGACAGAGCCAAGAAGAUUGACACCGUGUCGAGGGCUGGCUUCCCUCUCGCCUUUCUCUUCUUCAACAUCUUCUACUGGGUUCUUUAUAAGAUCCUGCGUCACGAAGACUUUCAUAAGCAGUAGAGAUCAUCACACACACUCCUGAUCUGAUGGCUUCAUGAGGACACGUCCGAGAGCAUCCAGAGUCACAAAAACAUCCUGUUUCUGAAAGCUCAUCAAUCCCAAUGUACAGAAACAAUCAUGAAGAUGAUUGAACGUUUUAUAACUCAGUUUAAAAAUAAAAGAUGUGUUCAAGCUGGAGGAGAAAACGUCUGCAGGCGCCGUGACGUGUUGACGGUAUAUAAUGAGAGGAUGUGGCCGACACGACUCCUCCUGUCCGGUCAUGAUGUUUGAAGAGCAUCCAAGAAGUUUUAUCACACGUUGGAAAUCCAGUUUUCUUUUUUUUUCUGAGUUGUGUUUAUUGACAGAACAGCUGAAGAGAGAGAGGCGGAGAGAGGAGAGAGACAUGCAGCAAAGAGUCAGGGACUGGAGUCGAACCAACAACCGCUGCGACCAGGACUACAUCCUCUGACAAGGGGCGGGUGCUUUAUCUGCUAGGCCACCUGCCGCCACUUUUAAAAGGAAACUGGACCGGAUCAACCUGAGCCAGACCUUUAAAGAAGACCUGGAUUACUGGACUUCGCCCUGCAGACUCUCACCACAGGGGGCGCCAAAACCCACACAAAGUGAAAGAUCCUAAAAGUUGUUCCGAUGUUGCGACGCCACAUCUGAGCGUGAUGACCUUGGGUGUGUCGAAGCAGGUUUUUAUACUAACGUCAUCACAGCAAUAACUCCACGCUGGUAUAGAUUAUUAAUCCUACAGUGUUAUAAAUUAUUUGGUGAAAUGUGUUAUUUAAACUAACUAUUUAAACAAAAUCCUUCUUUUAAUCCCAAACUAAUGUUAUCUUUAUGUCCACGAUGAUGCGUUUAAAAGCACAAUAUUUAAAAUAACUCUUAAAUUAUUCCCUCCUUCGUUAAAGUGUCGUUCUGUUUGGACAAAUUAAGAGUUUGUGUCUCCGCUGGGAUUAGAAUAAUCCAGAGUGUUGGAUCAUCCCUGCUGGAGCACAAACUGGAGCUUUGAUCCAGAUAUAAUCUUAAUCUCUUUCAAUGUCAAAAUGUUCUUUUAGACUAACAAAUUUAAAGAUUUGAUCUGGUCUUCUAUCUUUAAUCUAAUCAGAUUACUUGAUUACUGGCCUUCUUCAUGUUGGUGUGUUGGAACCAGAGGGGAGCAGUUUUGUUUGAGUCCCAUUGGUCCACAGUUAGAGGUCGAAUCAUACGAAUAACUUGAAUCUAACGAGAGGGGAGGGGUUCCCUUCAAACGCCACUCUAGUCUGCUGUUGUCAAACAAGGUUGAGCUCGACUGCAUUGAACGGUCGAGCUGGUUAUGCUAAAGGGGGCGGAGCUAACUUCCUAGUACAAACGAUAGCUGGAAUCAAGUGACAGACAAAGGUUUUCACAAAUUCACAUGAGUCCAGUUUUUUUCUCAUUCAUUUGUUCAAUUUACUUCAGUGGCGUGAAUUUGUGUCUUCGUGCGUGAUUACAGAGCCAUAACUAUGUGUUAUGACCAAUCAUCCUGGCUGAUGUGAUGACGUUAGAAGGAAGGGAGGCUGUGAAAAAACAAUACAAACUGAGUGAUUAAAGUGUUAUUAUAAACCAACAUUUUUAAGCCCCUGACGUUAGCGUGUGCAGAGUGCUCUGUGCUCUCAUUGGUCAACCUCACAGUCAGUAGACUAUGACUCACUACACGGGAUACAACCAUCAAGUUUCAGAGUCGACGGCUCUUAAAGUCCAUCGUCUGCUGCGUUGGGAUAUGAUCCUGUAGUCUGACCUCGGCAGUAAACUUCUGUAUGCAACACGUGGUGUCGCCCCCUGCUAGUCAUCAGAUGUAUGCAGGGUUAAGAUACUGAAGCACAGACUGCAUCCACUUUUUAUAAACAGUCACCUGAAGAACAGUUUCGAAGGAACCACUUCACCGUCUGUAGUUUUUUUAAAACAUCAAAUCAGCGUUAUUUAACUUGAAACUUGCACCAGCAGUGGACGUGCUGACAACGCCGACUCGCUCCACGUUCGUCUGUGUUUAUUUUUCAGAUCAGAUUCACUGUAGAUUAAAUGUAGUGUUCUCCCUCCGUGAGAGACGUUGGCUCUAAUCUGGGACGUCUGAAGACUUCAAACACUGUGACGGAGACAGACACGGACCUGAGGAACAAAGAGGACGGAGACGGUCCUGAGGAACAAAGAGGACAGAGACGGUCCUGAGGAACAAAGAGGACAGAGACGGUCCUGAGGAACAAAGAGGACAGAGACGGUCCUGAGGAACAAAGAGGACGGAGACGGUCCUGAGGAACGAAGAGGACAGAGACGGUCCAGAGGAACAAAGAGGACAGAGACGGUCCUGAGGAACAAAGAGGACAGAGACGGUCCUGAGGAACGAAGAGGACAGAGACGGUCCAGAGGAACAAAGAGGACAGAGACGGUCCUGAGGAACAAAGAGGACAGAGACGGUCCUGAGGAACAAAGAGGACGGAGACGGUCCUGAGGAACAAAGCAGACGGAGACGGUCCAGAGGAACAAACAGGAGAGAGACGGUCCUGAGGAACAAAGAGGACGGAGACGGUCCUGAGGAACAAAGAGGACAGAGAUGGUUCUGAGGAACAAAGAGGACAGAGACGGUCCUGAGGAACAAAGAGGACAGAGACGGUCCUGAGGAACAAAGAGGACAGAGACGGUCCUGAGGAACAAAGAGGACGGAUUAAUCGUCUGCUUUGUUAACAGUGACAAACGGACAAACCUCAGACGUGUGGAGCUCAUAAUCCAGCCGUGAUAACAGACAGAGAUCAGCUGAUGAUGCUCUGAGACUGAAAGAGGUGUGGGAACUACAGACACACACACACACACACACACACACACACACACACACACACAAACAAACACACACACACAGGAACUACACACUAUUUCGCCCACUCGUGUCUUACAACUCAGCUGCCAACGAUUUGUGUUUUUGUCCCAGACACUCUCAGCCCCACCUCAGCUGUUGGCACCGAUCCUCACUCUGUAACAAUCUGUUUCUGAGGCUAUCAUUAAGUAAACUGUAGCAACACUG